ACCUCCCCUGUCGUUAAGGCCGCUACAUUACAUGUAUACUUUUAGAAGUUUAUAUUAUCUUAGUAUAGUCGUUAAAAUUCCGAUUAUUUUAGUUUACUUUCACGACGGAUAUUAUUUGUAUUGACAAACUAUUGAGAAUGAACUGUUUACCGCGGAUAAAUGACGGAUAGCUGACUGUUUAGUGCGAAAAACAAACAUUAAACCUAAUAUUUGAGGAGUAUCAAUUUAUAAAGGUGACAAAAAGCGUUAAGCGACCAUGAGCAACAAGAAAAAAGAAGACGAAGUGAUACCUGCCAUGGGCCCGGGGAGUAAGAUAAGCGCUUUAGCCGCGCCCCUGCGACGUUUCAUGAUACGACAGGGUAAAGCUGUUAUCAUGAAUUUUUCCACAGCUAGUAUGAAGACAUUGCCUUUAGAGAUAUGGGCCAAUGAAGAGAUACAACAGAACGCGGUGGAACUGAGAGCGGAGAGCAACAGAUUGAAGAAGCUGCCCAAACAAGUCUCCGAUCUUGAAGCGUUAGAAACACUAACCGUACAGAACAACGCUCUGGGUGCACUUCCGGCCACCAUUUUCAAAAUGAAGAACUUGAUUACUUUAAACGCCGAAAACAACAGCAUAAAAAGUAUCCCGGCUUCUAUAAAUAAAGCGCCUGUUAUAAAAUAUCUACAUCUGUCGAACAAUAAGAUUAAAGCUCUCCCGAAAACAAUCAACAAAUCAACAACCCUGGAGCUUGUCGACGUAUCACACAACGUCAUCCGCUCAGUGAAGAAGAACAUCUAUGAGCUGAAGGCUAAACUUGUUCUAACCCAUAACAGACUCGGUGAGCUUCCGGAUGCCUCCGUAAAGAGUCCAUGUCUACGGGUUUUAGACGUGUCCCAUAACCAGAUAGCCCAUAUACCAGACAACAUUAACAAUGUUGUGACCUUGACCUGGCUUGACCUUUCACACAAUGACCUUGAAGACUUGCCACGGGAACUAGGGCUACUGAAGUAUCUUCACUCACUGAACGUCAGCCAUAACAAGAUCGUGUCUUUACCCGACGAGGUAACCACGUUGGAGUAUGCGCUGACUUAUCUACGAGCCGGGCACAAUCAAAUUAAAAACCUGCCGGAGGACAUUCAUAAACUACAACGGUUGCAAGUUUUAUCAAUGUGUGACAACCAAAUAGAGCAAGUCCCUGGCAAAUUUUACGAACUCAAAGUCGUCAAGGAUCUUGACCUGUCCGGAAAUAAAUUGUCCACAGCUAAUGGAAUGAGUCGGUUGAAAACUGUGGAAACGCUUAAUCUUUCCAACAACGGCCUCACGGAGCUUCCGGAAGAUAUCAACCAGCUCAAAUCCUUGGUUACCUUGGAUAUUUCCUUAAACCAGAUAAAACAGUUACCGGAUACAUUGAACAAAAUCCCUACCCUGAAGACGCUUAAUGUGGCCGACAAUCGUCUGAGUCAGAUACCGGAAAUGCUUGGUGAGAACCAGCUGCUUACGUCUUUGGAUGUAAGCAAUAAUCGUAUCCAAGGACUUCCGCAAGACAUGAAACGUCUGCGGAGCUUAGAGACAUUGAAAGUUGCAGGGAACCAAAUAUCAGCGUUACCAAAAUCUUUAGAUUCUUUGAGAUUUCUAUUCACUUUGGACGUUUCUAAGAACGCUCUUACUGACUUUAUCAUGCCAAAAACAUUAACAAGUAUAAGUAUCGCCGGCAACCCACUCUUCCUCCCCUCACAGGACCCAAAAUCUGUAAUCACUGUGCUCGGAGAGCGGGAUUACGCCGCCAACAUGGUCUUUCUUGAUGCAUCUAGUUUAAAACUAGACGAGGUCCCGUUAAGUCUCUGCCACAUGAAAAUGCUUAAAACACUCAAGUUAGCUCACAACGUGAUUAAAGAAAUUCCUGAAGAGUUGACUAAACUCAGAGCUAUUGAAAACCUUGACCUUAGUGACAACGAUAUUGGCGCAUUGCCCGAUGAAAUCCGAAACAUGCAAAACUUACGUGUUCUGGACAUUUCACAGAACAGAUUAAGCGAGUUCUGUGAAGGACUGACACAGCUGCAUAACCUUGAACGGCUUAAUAUUAGCUUUAACAACCUUGUUGAACUUCCGGAGAACUUCGGCGAGCUCCACAAGCUUAUCUGGUUAGAUAUCAGUAAUAAUGAGCUAAUGAUGCUACCGGAAGACCGCUGGGAUGUCCUCGCCUCAAUGCUGGAAUUAAACAUCUCAAAGAAUCACGUGCACACCGUACCAAUGGAUCUACCAUACCUGUACAGAAUCAAAGUACUGAAGGCACAAACCAACGACCUUACAGCUAUACCGUCAGAUAUCGUGAAGAUGACAAGUUUGGAGGUGUUGGACUUAAAGGACAACUUACUUGAGACGCUGCCGGACUCGGUGUGCAAACUUCCGGCACUGAUGGAACUAGACGUUUCAGACAACAAGUUGAAGUCUUUCCCUGGCAAGUUGGAACAGCUUAAACAGAGGUGUACUAUCAGUACAGAUAAUCAGUCCUCAUACAAACAGAGAGACCCUCCAGACUUCCUUAAGGCAGGCGAGGCUCAGACACAAAACAAGGAAGAAAAGAAGGAGGAAUAAGACUAGACCGGAUAUCCGUUUAGUAUACAACUGUUCUGAAAAUAUGAAGCUGUUGACGUAACGGUCGGUCAGCGACAUAAAACUUUACGUAACUGCAUGGUGACGCAAAUGAUAAGUAAUGAUCCAAAAGGACAUACACUUCUGUGAACAAAGUCGGCAUUGGUAAAUUACUCUGAAGACGUUUUUUUUUGUUGCGUUGUAAAUGACGUAAUGUCUUGUAUAUCGGACAUUGUGAUACAAAUGUCACGGAUGAAAUUAUUUUAUAAGUUAACAUUUAUUUGUUUCAUAGAUAGUUUUCUUUUAUCAAAAGCAUGCAUAAUGUUUUGUUAAUCACAUUAUUUCUACGUGCAUAAUAAUUAACUACUUUUUUUUGCUGCACUUUUAUUCACAUAUUGGCCAACGAUACGUUCUAUCCGCAUUUCUUAAGUCUUUUAAUAAUUCAAUAUGUGGUAUUUUAUACCAUACGUAAGUAGUACAUAAUACUGUACAAAUAGAGAGGGAGAGUGGGACAAAACAAAUCUUCUAGGAAAACCGAUUCGUUCUUCAAAUGUUACAAAGUAAACAUUAUUACGAUACGUUAUUAAGAAUUCCUAAAACCAAGAAAUUAGUGCUGAUUCUUUCUUAAGAUAUUCUACAGGUUAAAAAUAAGUCAAUAAAUUGUUGUCAAAUCAUGGUACAUGUAUGUCAAUGUCAUUUUUUACAAGAUGUUGUAUAUAGGAGGCAUGCAUUGUACAUUGUUAUAUUGUUAAAAGCUGUCUCGAGUAAUGGUGCAAUAAUAAUCACGUGAUGUACGAGAUAUAAGAUGUAAAGCAUGCAUAAUGAUAGCUUCUUAGUGCUGGUAUACAUGAAUAUCUAGGUAAAACAAUAAACCAAAGAUAGUCGCAGUAUUUAUAAAUAGGUCAAAGGUUAUAGGAUAGAUUACUUCCGUCUAAAAAGUAGAUGUAAAAUAGAAUAUAUCUGUGGCAAUUUUUGUUGAUGUUUUCUUUAACUGUAUUGGUCCUUUCUUUAGAAAGAUACCAGGUGACAGCUUUUAUAACAUAUAUUUUUCUUGUUUUAAUGUGCAUUUUUAUGUAAUGUAUUGUUUUUAUUAUUUAUAUCAUUUUAUCGUCUAAAUAAAGAUUACUUUAAGCAAA